CUCAAGGGCAAGUGAGGUCUGUGUCAAACAUACUGAAAAUUACAGAUGAAUGUAGUCCUGGCUAUCUUUCCACCUGGCCUGCCCAUGUCAGCUCUCAGGUUGCCCAACAACACCGUCAGAAACACACUCGCUCUGGAGCAAAUAGAAACCACGGUGUAUAUGCAACAGCAGAUCCAAGAGCUGGAGCCUCUCCGUGCGCAGAUGGUGCUGCUGUCUGAACAGUGUGAAGAGAGGAUCCUGGGCCUGAGGGAGCAAGAGAGAGCUGAGAUCACGGCUUUGAAACAGGAACGCCGGCAUCUGCAGCAAGUCAUUGAGAGCAUGAAGGAAGAACAGAGAACUUUGCAGACCCAGGUUUCAUAUCUAAAGGAAGACCUUGAAAGACAGUAUGUGCUAUACAGGGAGGAACGUGACGCCCGCAGACUGCUCAUUGACAAUAUCAGCAGCAUGCGCGACAGCCCAGAGGAGCCUGGUUCCUCACAGGAUGAGAAUCCCGUGGACCUAAAGUUGGCUUUGGAUGUGUGUAGAGAGGAUCUAAACAAGGCCCAGACAGAGCUCAACCACUUUCAUGCAGAAUAUGGAGAUGUGGUUCCGCGUAGGGACUGGGAGAAUCUAGAACGCAUGUAUCAGGAGAACCUCGUAAAGCUGGAGACCCUACAGUCUGACUUCAACCAAAUGAAGACGGAAUAUGAUGCAUUGCUAAAUUUACAUCAGCAGAUCAGCACACAGACAGACAGCCUUCAGAGAAAAGCCUCAACUCCUAGACCACGGUGGGAACAGUGUGCAGAUGUUCUUGGUAGUGGAGAUCGCUGUUCUGAGCUCUUUGAGGGCCAGUCCAGUCAAAACAGACUGGAGAUCUUGCUGAAGGAGCUGAAGAGCAUGGGCUUGGAGCAGAAAGACUUCUUUACUGGACUGGGUAGUUCCAGUGAUGUUCCCAUCUACCUGCGCUAUGAGGGGCAACAGAAGAACCUCAGAUUGAAAAAGGCUGAUGUCAUUAGAGUUCUAAAAGACAUAUGGAGAAAGAAAGCAUCUGAGGAUGAGAAGAUGGAUGAAAGCAGUGAUCUAAAGGAGUUUCUCCACCAGUAUUUGUUAAAGCAGCAUGAGGAGAAGGCAGGGCAGUGGGCUUACAGCCUGCUUGAUGGCAUCAAGCGUUACCUAGAAGAUGACUUCAUUGGUCUCUUUUAUGACAUUCUCCAAGGCAAGGUGGAUGAAAGUGUGUACCAUGGCCAGACCUAUCUACUGUCUCAUCUGCUCAAGGUGCUCAUACAGAGUGACAGCACUGAGAGUGGAUUGCUAAGCACACCUCAGUUCAGUGAGGCUCUGAGGACGACUUUCCCUCUGAAAGGAGAUCAGGAUAUAGAGGAACUGGUGCUGGCUGCUCAGUCGGAACUGCAGACCAGCGAAGGAAGCAUUGCCUAUCAGAGACUGUACACAGAGGACACGGAUGGAAAGCAGAGUGAUUUCCUGGGUCUGGUAAAAAAGCAGGCUUUGGCUGAGAAACGCCUGUACAUCUGCCAGCUGAGGGAACAACUAGAAGGCAAAGAGAAAGUGGGAGUGGAAGAUUUAAGAGCUGUUUUCAAGACAAUCGAUCCCACACUGGACUCUGAGACUCUGGAUUGUUAUUUGAGUAUGGCCUUUCAAACUAAAGAGCUGCACGAGCACACAACGCUUUUAGACGCUGAGGUUGCACUACAGCGCCUCUCUGCAGCUAAUGUAAGCAGGGCAGGACCCAUGCCUCAGUCGGAAUAAUUCAUUUACGCACAUUUCAUAUGUACAAAUGGACUCUUCUAUUUCAACAUAAUCAGGAAAAUAUAUUGGAUAAAAUGCAUUAUUCAUUAAAUCAAAUAAAAAGAAUGCAUUCCUGCCCUUGUUCAUGAAGCUCCACCCCAUGAUCUGUGGUGGCCUCGGGAAGGUCUAGAAAAUGACUGACAGGAGGCGCAUACGAACAUAAACAAACAUUCUACACAAGAAGUCAUUUCUCCAAAUGGGGUUUCUUUACAACUUCAUACACUUUUGCUAAGGUCAGGGCUUAA